AUGUGGGACCCGGCUGCGCUCUUGAACCCCAAGGCUGGGCCUGUCGCGCCGGCCAGGCCGCAGUCUGCGGGGGCCACUCCAACGUCCUCGACGCCAUCUAUUGCAUCGGAGCAGCCAGAGAUAUCUUUUCAGUUUGCCAGUCCCGCCGAGUCUCUCACCGUGGACUUUUCGGGGAUUCCUAGCAGCGGCCAGAACGUGCCGCAGCACCAUGCGCCGACGAUGCCGAUCUUUCAGAACGGCUUCGCCCAGAGCAUCGAGCGGCUGCAUAAUGUGCAAGACCGCGUCAAUGCGCCCCAGCCGAAGCGCCGGAAGACCUAUAACGAAUACGACCCAUCGCCCUCACUCUCCCCGGGCAGCCCUUUCGCGGCAGCAAGCAGCGGCAUCCUCGGGCAGCACAUCAAGCAGCAGCAACUCGGAGAGGCCAGUCAGACGAGGCCAGUGCUAAAGACGCUCGAGACCAUCGACUUAACCAAGGGUGACGCCAUUCCAACUCUGCCAUCCCAGACUCCCAGAGACUCCGUCAAGGAUGAGGAGGUUUGCUAUGGGAUGAUCGAAGGCGCUUCGAUCAACUGCCAUAGGGUCCCAGCACCAAAGCCUAACAUGAUAUCUAUCAACGGUGACAGCUACUGGCCGCAGGUCAAGGUCGUUCUCAAGCGGAAAGCGGAUGACGAGACGAAGAGGAUUUACGUCUAUGACUACACGCGGCAUAUCUUCGGUACCGUCGAUCCAAAGACAGCAGAGGGUCUAGUCCCCCUCUUGGACUCGCCCGUCUUCCAGAUACGCACAGAUUGCCGCAUCCCUUCUAGACGGAAACUUCCUGGCGAACAGGUCGGUCAGCAGGCCUCAUUUAGUCACAAGUGCGAGCUAAUGGUCUACGGGCCACGAAAAUUCGCCGAGCAAAUCGCCGCUCACCUGCUCAGGGCUAAGAUGAACCUUGUGAGCCCCCCGCGGGUUGAGCCUGGAGCUAAAGUGUACAACCCCAUGGCAAAGGAGAACAGACUCCCUACGGUUGCACGCUUCAAGAAUGCUGGAAGUAGCAACCAAUACCAUUCGCCGCCCGCCGCCCGCACACAGGAGGAGAUCCGCGCCGAGGUCUUUAACAUCUUUGACUCUCUCCCUAAGUCCGAGGAGCUGCCCGAGGCCGAGCCGGAUGCGCGCAUUCAGACGCCGUUGCUCAAGCACCAGCGACAAGCCCUGUUCUUCAUGACAUCUCGCGAGUCUGAGCAGCUGCCGGAUGCUGGCAAGGGUAUCGUCACGUCUACCUGGAAGCGCCAACAGGAUCAGUUUGGCAGGGUCAUUUACCGUAACGUUGUCACGAACCACGAGCAGCGAGAGCAGCCCCCGCCGACUCUCGGUGGCAUCCUCGCGGAUAUGAUGGGGUUGGGCAAGACCCUCAGCAUCUUGUCCCUCAUAACGAAGACCCUAGACGCAGCAGAUCGUUGGGCACAACUCCCCGCUGUCCAGCCCAAGGCGCCCGAGCAGAAGCCACAACAUCCUUUUCCGAAACAGUUCGAGGUGCCUAGACCGGCCUCGCUCGAGCUAACGCCGCUACGCCGGAACGGAAAGGCGACCUUGCUGAUUUGCCCUCUGAGUACGGUGACAAAUUGGGAGGAGCAGAUAAAGCAGCACAUUCAGCCAGAUGCUGUCUCCUACCACAUCUAUCAUGGUCCCAACCGCAUCAAGGAUGUGGACCAAUUGGCUCAGUUCGACUUGGUCAUUACAACAUACGGAUCGGUUGUCAGCGAGCUCAACUCGCGGAACAAGAACAAGCCGGGCACCUACCCCCUGGAGGAGAUCGCUUGGUUUCGCAUCGUUCUGGAUGAAGCCCAUCAGAUCCGGGAGCAAGCGACACUGGGCUUCAAGGCCGUUUGUCGACUGCAGGCCCACCGCCGGUGGGCUGUGACUGGAACCCCGGUGCAGAACAAGUUGGAAGAUCUCGCCGCUCUUCUGGCCUUCUUGCGGCUCAAGCCGUUCGACGAGAAGGCAAAGUUCCUGCAAUACAUUAUCCAGCCGUUCAAGACUGCCGACCCGAAUAUCGUGCCUAAACUCCGUGUUCUCAUUGACACGGUCACGUUGCGGCGUCUCAAGGACAAGAUCCACUUGCCGCCGCGCACCGACGAGGUCGUCAGGUUAGAGUUCUCACCAGAGGAGCGACAGGUUUAUGAGUGGUUUGCCAAAUCAGCUCGGGAGCGGGUUAAAGUCUUGACGGGCCAGAGUAUUGGCCAAGAUCGCAUCAUCGGCGGGAAGACCAUGAUACACAUACUGCGGUCUAUCCUGCAGCUGCGCUUGCUUUGUGCACAUGGAAAAGACCUGCUCAGCGACGACGACUUUGCUGAUCUUCAGGGCAUGACGGCGGACACGCCCAUCAACUUGGACGGUGACGACGAGGAGAAGCCAGUGUUGCAGGAGAAGAAGGCAUACGAGAUGCUGUACCUGAUGCAGGAGGGCAACAGCGACAACUGCUUUAGAUGCAACUGCAAACUUGGCGCCGUUGAGGUGGACGAUCCGGAGUCUGACCGACAGGAUGACAUUCUCGGGUAUAUGGCACAGUGCUUCCACACGUAUUGCGCUGCCUGUGUCAAACAGCUGCACAGUGAACAGGGUAGUUGCGACGAGUGUGCCGGCAUCGAUAAGUCAUCGUGUGUCGAGCUGCGACGCAAGCGCGCCGACAUGGAGCACGAGUCACGCGUGGCCAAGAAUAAGGGAGGCACGGGCAAGAUCAUACCCGAUGACCGCUACAGCGGGCCGCAUACCAAGACGCGUGCACUCAUUGACGAGUUGCUAGCCAACAAGGAAAGGAGCGCCAUGUGCCCCGGCGAACCUCCUUUCAAAUCCGUCGUCUUCUCCGGCUGGACCUCCCACCUCGACCUGAUCCAGAUCGCACUGGAUAGCGCGGGGAUUACCUACACCAGACUCGACGGCAAAAUGACCCGGCCCGCUCGCAACGCUGCCAUGGACGCAUUCCGUGACGACCCGUCCGUGCAGGUUAUCUUGGUCAGCAUCAUGGCCGGCGGCUUGGGUCUAAACCUGACGGCUGGCAACAGCGUCUACGUCAUGGAGCCGCAGUUCAAUCCUGCUGCAGAGGCGCAGGCCGUCGACCGUGUGCACCGCCUCGGCCAAACCCGGGCUGUCCGUAUCGUUCGCUUCAUCAUGAGGGGCAGCUUUGAGGAGGAGAUGCUCAAGCUGCAGGACAAGAAGAAGAAGCUGGCCAGUCUCAGCAUGGAUCGGGACUACAUCGACGCCAAGACUAGUGACCGGACAGAGGCUGCCAGGCAACGCUUGAUGGACCUGCGGAGUCUCUUCGAAAAGAAAUAAGGCAGCACCCUCCCUGCAAGCUCCCUGAACCCUGAUUCGAUUCAUCGUUGUUAUUAUUAUU